AACUAGCUAAAGAGGCCCCCCACAUCCCUCGCCGACACCCUCAGAGAGCAGCCUCCCUCCGCUGAUGCGGGUGCCAUGGAGACGGAGAGCAGCGCGGCCUCCGCCCGUUUCCGCCAGCCUCACAUGGAGAGGAAGAUGAGCGCCAUGACCUGUGAGAUCUUCAACGAGCUCAGGCUCGAGGGCAAGCUCUGCGACGUGGUCAUCAAGGUCAAUGGCUUUGAGUUCAACGCCCACAAGAACAUCCUCUGUAGCUGCAGUUCCUACUUUAGAGCUUUGUUUACAAGUGGCUGGAACAACACUGAGAAGAAGGUCUACAACAUCCCUGGCAUUUCCCCCGACAUGAUGAAGCUGAUUAUUGAAUAUGCAUACACCAGGACCGUUCCCAUCACGCCAGACAACGUGGAGAAGCUGCUGGCUGCCGCAGACCAGUUUAACAUCAUGGGCAUCGUCCGGGGCUGCUGCGAGUUCCUCAAGUCGGAGCUGUGUCUGGACAACUGCAUCGGCAUCUGCAAGUUCACCGACUAUUACUACUGCCCGGAGCUGCGGCAGAAGGCCUACAUGUUCAUCCUGCACAACUUCGAGGAGAUGGUGAAAGUCUCCGCGGAGUUCCUGGAGCUCUCAGUCACGGAGCUGAAGGACAUCAUCGAGAAGGACGAGCUCAACGUCAAGCAGGAAGACGCAGUGUUUGAGGCCAUUCUAAAGUGGAUUUCUCAUGACCCCCAAAAUCGGAAGCAGCAUAUUUCCGUUUUACUUCCCAAGGUCCGCCUGGCUCUGAUGCACGCCGAGUACUUCAUGAACAACGUGAAGAUGAACGACUAUGUGAAAGACAGCGAGGAGUGCAAGCCCGUCAUCAUUAAUGCCCUCAAGGCCAUGUAUGACCUCAACAUGAACGGACCCUCGAAUUCUGACUUCACCAACCCGCUCACCAGGCCCCGCCUGCCCUAUGCCAUUCUGUUUGCAAUUGGCGGCUGGAGUGGUGGGAGCCCCACCAAUGCCAUUGAGGCAUACGACGCUCGGGCAGACAGAUGGGUGAAUGUCACUUGUGAGGAAGAGAGUCCCCGUGCCUACCACGGGGCAGCCUACUUGAAAGGUUACGUUUAUAUCAUUGGGGGGUUCGACAGCGUGGACUACUUCAACAGUGUGAAGCGCUUUGACCCAGUUAGGAAGACUUGGCACCAGGUGGCCCCGAUGCAUUCCAGACGCUGCUACGUCAGCGUGACGGUCCUGAGCAAGUUCAUCUACGCCAUGGGAGGGUUUGAUGGCUACGUGCGCCUCAAUACUGCCGAGCGCUACGAGCCGGAAACCAACCAGUGGACGCUCAUCGCCCCCAUGCACGAGCAGAGGAGCGACGCCAGUGCCACGACCCUUUACGGAAAGGUCUACAUAUGUGGUGGGUUCAACGGGAACGAAUGCCUGUUUACAGCAGAAGUGUACAACACUGAGAGUAAUCAGUGGACAGUCAUAGCACCCAUGAGAAGCAGGAGGAGUGGAAUAGGUGUCAUUGCCUAUGGAGAACACGUCUAUGCCGUAGGCGGCUUUGAUGGAGCUAACCGCCUCAGAAGCGCAGAGGCCUACAGCCCAGUGGCUAACACCUGGCGCACGAUUCCCACUAUGUUUAACCCUCGUAGCAACUUUGGCAUCGAGGUGGUAGACGACCUCUUGUUUGUGGUGGGGGGCUUUAAUGGCUUCACUACCACCUUUAACGUUGAGUGCUACGACGAGAAGACUGACGAGUGGUACGAUGCUCACGACAUGAGCAUCUACCGCAGUGCUCUGAGCUGCUGCGUGGUACCCGGGUUGGCCAAUGUGGGGGAGUAUGCAGCUAGACGGGACAACUUCACAGGACUGGCACUGCGAGAUGAGGUCAAGUAUUCCGCUUCGACAAGUACCCUACCUGUAUAA